AGAUUCUUAUAAUUGCUCUUGCUUCAAAUGUAUUAUGCAUAUGGCCUCCUGAAAUCAAAGUAAAUCUAAAAUAUCAAGAAGAGUUCGAAAUAUCUGAAACGUUAGAGCAGUCAGAUGUGCAAGAUAUUUAUGAUGAGGAGGAGCUAAUACAAGAAGAGGACUUUAAGACUCUGAACCUGUUCAAAAAGGGAAAUAUUAAUAAAUAUUUUAGGCUUCAUGGUAUGGCUAAUAGAAUCAAUAGUAAUAUUAAAAGUAUAAAUGAGAACGAUGAAAAUUAUCUGAAGAGGUUAGUGGCCAAAGUUGAUUUUUUGCAUAAAUAUCCUGAAUUUAAUCCAGAUGUUGAGGAAUCUAAACCAUUUGUUGCUGGUUUUGUUAAUGCCAAUAAUGAUAUUAUAAAGGAUGAAGACACUAUAUAUUUUGGAGAUUCAGGGCGAAAGUCUGGCCCAAUAAUCCAAAAAGUUGAAAAACGGCGCAGUGCUGAAUCUAAUAUCACUGACUAUGAUUAUGAUAAACUAAAAAAAGAAUAUGAGGAUUCUCUACAAAAAGCAGAAAAUAAAAAGGAUGCAGCCAAAUAUAAAGAAGUGAAAGAAGACGAAAGUCCUCAAGAAGCAGUACAAACAUUAGUAGAGUUUAAGGCCAAAAAUUGUACUGAAGAAGAAAAAACUGGUUUAGGUGUUGCUGCCAUCAGAUGUUUCCUUACGGAAUCUCAGCAAAAACAUUUAAAUAAAGACCAAAAGUUCUAUAUGGCAAAAAAAGUAUUGCUAAUUGCUUUAAUAUGGAUUAUAGUUUAUAUAUUAAUUGCUGUUCCAUUAUGGUGUCAAUAUGGGUGGUGCUGUUGUUGCUGCAGGUGCAAAUUUUGUCACCCAAGAGAAUUAAUAGAAGAAGUGAAAACAUUUUAUGAGAAUAACCCUGCCGGAGUUUAUGUUGAUGAUAGUGGAAAUAUAAAAAAAUAUAAGCCAUCAACCUAUGAAAUAUAUGCUGAAAAAAACUUGAAAAAAGCUAUAGAUAGACUAUAAUAUAAGAUUAUUGAG